AUGGACAACGAACUAAAGGAAUUAUUACAUAAUUAUGAAUCAAACAGCUUAACUGAUUUACAAAUUGCGAUUCGUUUAUGUUUAAAAGAUAAUAAUCGCGUCAACCGUCAUAUUGUUAUUGUAGG